AUUCAAAACAUGAGCGAUCGAGGUAUGAUGGGCCGAAAAUCUUUAUUUAGUAAUUAAUCACAACUAAGACGGACACACAUUACCCUGUAUUAGUGAACCGCCGGUCAUUUAGAAGUAAUAAAUAUUUUGAUCCAAUGUUCCCUCUUGGAAUUUUUAUUUAUGUGUAAUGUAACUAAAAUUGUAGUGAAACACAUGGGUACGCUUUUUGUACGUUUUAAUUAAGUAUUAUUAAUUAAUGUUAGGUGUUUAAAACAUACAAAAGCAUGAGAUUAUUUUAUGGACAAAACGAUGAAGCGGGCGACAGAGUGGUGAAGGAGAAUGUAGUCCGGGAGGGUGUGGUGAAGCUGCGGUGGGUGGUGGCGGCGCUGGCGACGACAGUGGCGCUGCUGAUGGUGGCGCAGUACGCCGACACCUACCUGCCCGAGCCCCUUGACCGCUCCGCCCCCCCGGACAGGUUCAUCGCCGAGAUAGCACACGAGCAUCUCGUCAACCUCACUUCUAUGGGACCCAGGGUGGCGGGCAGCUACGAGAACGAGGUGGCGGCGGUACGGGUGCUGGUGGAGGCGCUGCGGGGCGUCGCCGCCGCCGCCUCCCCCCACAACCGCCUCGACAUCGACGUCAUGCGGGCUGACGGCGCCUUCUCCCUCACCUUCAUCGACGGUAUGACGAACAUGUACCGCGGCGUGCAGGGUGUGGUGGCGCGGGCGCGGGGCGCGGGGGGCGCGGCGGGGGGGAGGCCCGCGCUGCUCCUAAACUGUCACUACGACACGGUUCCCGAUAGUCCCGGCGCUAGCGACGACGGCGCGGGCUGCGCGGUGCUGCUGGAGGUGACGCGGGCGCUCGUGGCGGCGCCGCGCCCGCUGCGCCACGACCUGCUGCUGCUGCUCAACGGCGCCGAGGAGAACAUCCUGCAGGCCUCGCACGCCUUCGUCACCACGCACCGCUGGGCCCGCGCUGCGCGCGCCUUUCUCAACCUGGAGGCGUGCGGCGCCGGCGGCCGCGAGGUACUGUUCCAGGCGGGCCCGGCGCAGCCCUGGCUGCUGGAGCUGUACGCCGCCGCCGCGCCCCGCCCGCGUGCCUCCUCGCUCGCGCAGGAGCUGUUCGCCAGCGGCCUCGUGCCCGCCGACACCGACUUCCGCGUCUUCCGCGACCACGGCCGCCUGUCCGGCCUCGACCUCGCCUGGAGUGCCAACGGCUACGUGUACCACACGCGCCUCGACUCGUGGCGCGCCGUGCCGCCCGCCGCGCUGCAGCGCACCGGUGACAACGUGCUGGCGCUGGCCGCCGCCGCGCUCGCCGGCCCGCACCUCGCCGCGCCGCCGGAGUCCGCCGCGCCGCCCGUCUUCUUCGACGUGCUCGGCGUCGCCGUGCUCGUACUGCGCCCGCCCGCCGCCGCCGCCGCCGCGCUGCUCGCCCUCGCCGCCGUGGCGCUCGCGCUGCGCUGCUCGGCGGCAGCGGCGCGCGCGCGUAUCUACGUGCGCCCUGCCGAGUGGGCGCGCGGCAUGCUGCGUGUUACGGCGGCCGCGCUGCUGGCGCAGCUGGCGGGGCUGGCGGCGGCGCUGCUGCCGGCGCUGGUGCUGCACGCGGCCGGCGUGCGCAUGACGUUCUACGCGCGGCCCGCGCUGCUGCUGCCGCUGAGCGCGCUGCCGGCGCUGGCGGGCUCGUGGGCGGACGCGCGGCACACGUCGGGAAGCUGGGCGCGCGUGCGCGGCGCGGCGCGCGGCUGGGCGGCAGCUCGCGCGUGGCGGGACGCGCUGGCGCUGCUGGCGGCGCUGGCGCUGGCGGCGGGGCUGGCGCGCGGCGUGCGCUCGGCGUUCGUGCCGGCGCUGUGGACGCUGCCGGCUGUGGGCGCGCUGGCGGCGGACGCGCUAGGCGCGGGGGAGGGGGGCGCGGCGCUGGCGGCGGCGGCGGGGGCGCUGCUGCCCGCGGCGACGUCCGCGUACCUGGCGGUGGGCACGCUCGACAUGUUCGUGCCCAUCAUGGGCCGCGCCGGGACGUCGCCCCUGCCGCCGGACGUGCUGAUGGCGCUGUGCACGGGCGCGCUAACGCUGCUGACGUGCAGCUGGCUGCUGCCGCUGGUGGUGGCGGCGCGGCGGGCGCGGGCAUUGGUGCUGGCGCUGGCGGCGGUGGGCGCGGCGGCGACGCUGGCGGUGCUGCUGGCGCGGCCGGCGCCGUACUCGGCGGAGCGGCCGCAGCGGCUGAUGGUGUUCCACACGCGGCGCUCGGCGCACGCGGCGGCCGCUAACGUGACGCAGGAGUCGGCGGCGGACGCGGAGCUGCUGUACUGGGUGCCCGAGCUCGACGUCAACACGCCGCACUCGCUAGACGACUACGUGGCGGGCAUGCGGGAGGCGCACGCGACGACGGCCGCGGAGUGCGCGCGCUGGGUGUACUGCGGCGCGCCGUACUUCCUGCCCGUGCUGUCGCUGGUUGCGCGCGGCCACGCCCUGCCCGCGCCGCACCCGCCCCGCCCGCGCCUCGCCUUCGCCGCGCGCCUGCUGCCCCCCGCCCCCGCCGCGCCCCGCGAGCGCGCGCUCGAGCUGCGACUGGCGGGCGCGCCGCACCUCACCGCCGUGCUGGCGCCCGCCGCCGGCGUCGCGCUCGCCUGCGCCGCGCCCGCGCCGCCGCUGCAGCCCGGCCCGCGCUGGGGCGACCGCGACACCUACUUCGUGGCGCUGUACGCGGCGCCGGAGCCCGCGCCCGAGCCCUGGGUGCUGCGCUGUACGCUGAGCGGCACGCCGGCCGGCGGGGAGUGGCUGCAAGCGGCGCUGGCGGCGCACGGCAUGGCGGACGCGGCGCGGCGGAGCCCGCACCACGAGAGCCUGCUGCGGUCCGCGCCCGACUGGGUGGCGCCCACCGGCUGGGGCGUGGACCUGCACCUGGUGACGCUGCAGUAGCCCGCACCCCGCACCGCUCCACGCUCGUAGUGACCGGUAGACUGUAGUGGGCGGAGCUCCCGCGGCGUCCCGCGCCCGCGCAACCCGCACUACAUUGUUUUUAUAUUAAAUUGUUUU